AUGAACAGCAAAUUAUGGAAACAAGAAUCAAAUCCCAGCAAUCGAUCCAAUGAUACUUUUGUUAACAGCAUCCCAGUCACAUACAAUCCAGUACUUAAAGCCAUCUACAACGAGAUAGCUAAGAAAAAGAAUAUUCCCUUAACUUUUAGAAGAUGUGCUAUGAUUUUUGAUAUGCUAAGAAAUGGAAAGGACACUCCGGACACAAAUAAACUCCCAGGAGUAUACACCGUCCCUAUCAUUGAUCACAGGACUGAAGAUUUAUCGGUAUAUCCAAACUGUGGUUUGUGUCACAUUCCAUACUCCGAAUCCAGCGUCCCUUUUCCCGUUAAUCUCGUACGAUGCCACAUAUGCAGAAGAGCCAAAGUCCCAGAUGUUCUUUUCAUGACAAUAGAACCACCUAGUAAUAUUCCAAUAACUGGAAAAGGCUGUUUUAUACAAGCUAGAGUGUGUCGAGUGAAAAAGGAUGGAAAAGGUGAACAGAAUGCUAAAGAAAUUAGUGAUAGUCUUCCAUUUCUUGAAUACGAAUUACAUAGACAAUUACUUAAUAAGUUAAAGGUUAAAGGCAUGAAUGGAUUAUUUGGAUUGAAAGUACAAGUUUCUGUUGGUGAAAAAAUGUUGAUUGGAAUAGCAACUGGUACUGGUGCAUAUCUAACUGCUCUACCAUCACCAAGCAUACCAAAAAUUGUGAAAGGAAAGAAUGCUGAUUCAUCAAAAUAUUCUGAAAUUCAAAAACUUAUUCAGGAAGCAGUUAUUAAUAAUAGAGAUACCUUUGACAUAAAACCUCCAGUAAUUGAUUCUGUAUUAGAAAAUUGUCUAAAUGGUAAGACUGAAUAUAUGGAGAACAGUGAUGAAGAACUUGCAGAAAUAGAUUUUUCUACUGGAAAUAAAGACACUUGCAUUUUAGAAGUUGAUGAUGCAGAAGAUAUUGAUAUUAUUGCUCUGCUAAUGGAUCCAAAACUACCCAAAGGAUUUGAAAUGUGUAACACUGAAUCUCAACCUGGUGUAGAUAAUUUUGUCACUAAUUUACAGAUGUUUACAAGAAUCUACAGGACAAAAUUUCCACCUGGAAACUAUACAAGUAGACAAUUUUCACAGCUAUUUGAAACAAUAAUUCAGAGUCUUUUUGUAAAAUUGAGAAGACUUGUUCCGUGUUGUUUAGCAAAUAUAAAUUUUCAAAUUGAAUUACCAGAACAGGAAGAAAUGCAGGUUGCAGUCUGGGGUGUGGCAAUUGGACUGGGUGAUCCCAAUCUCUUAACAACCAUUACAUCCAAUACUAAGUCUAGAUUAAAACAAAGUUCUUCUCUUCAAAAUGAAAUUGAAAAUGAUUUGAUUUUUGUCAUGGAUGAAGAAAAACAUGAACAGACACCUUCUUUAACAAAUACUAAAUAUUCUUCAAAAUACUCUUGUGAGAACUUUGAUUAUCAUGUUCCAUUUAGAGAAUAUUUUGGUAUAGAAAUGACACCAUUAAGCCACGUUCCCAGUGGUAAGAUCGAACGUUACAUGGGAAAUUUAGACUUCUUUUUUAUUCGAGAAAGCACAAGUGUUCGAGAGGUAUCAAAUAUGUUUAUGUUAAAAUUAAUUUUAAUUAAGUUUGAGUUUUUCUUCACUGUUCAUGAAAAAGAUUUCACUUUAGCCAAUGAUAUAACUACCAUUUGUGCAAUCCAUGCAAUUGCAUGGUUCAAAGCGGCUAUGUGUCUUUUGCCUCUUACUCUAUCCGCAAUAGCUAAAAUUAUAAAAAUCUAUUUGAGUUCAAUAGAUGAAGAGAGACUAAGUAGUUUAGCAUUAGGGUGCAACUAUGCAGACAAUAGCAACAAAGACAAUAGCUUAGCGCAGUGCGUGUUUUUGUAUUAUCUUCACUACUAUGUGCUUGAAGAUGUGUUCCAAGUUUUUUUUUUCACAAUAGUAAUGCUUGUAAUUAUUAUUGCAAUAUUUAUCAUUUUCAAUAUAUUUUGUUUAAUAAUAAUUUAUUACUUUUCUUAUAAACAGGUUCCAUUUAGAGAAUAUUUUGGUAUAGAAAUGACACCAUUAAGCCACGUUCCCAGUGGUAAGAUCGAACGUUACAUGGGAAAUUUAGACUUCUUUUUUAUUCGAGAAAGCACAAGUGUUCGAGAGAAUGGAGGUUUGAAUGGUUUUAUCCAGAGUUUCGUGACAGAAGUUCUUGCAAUAGUCAGAGCCCAUGUAUCAGCUUUAGGAGGUAAUGCUAUGGUAGCCUUUCAGAUGACUGAGUGUAUUCUGUUAUAUAAUCCACAUAAAAAUCAGGGUCAGUGUCUGAUAAACGUCGCAGGAGACGCCGUUCUGGUACAGUAUUCACCCUUACAGCAGACCAGCUGCUCGGAUUAUGCUGGCAGAGCCAACGUUCCAGUGACGUAUGUAUAGAAUACUGUGAGCAUUUCGAACUUUUGUAAGAAUGUACUUAACGCCAUCAUUUGUAUCGUUAGAUUACACCUUUUUUAUAUUAAAAAAAAAUAUUGAUAUUUUU